CAACCGUUGAAAUCGACUCUAUUCGAGCGUUUAAAAAAUAUCAAUCCAACCACACUGUCGUAGCUUCUGCAUGAACACUCUCAUUUUCCAACCGCCUGACAAAGACGAACAUGGCUGUGACGGCGCGACGCAAGAACAAUGCCAAGGGCGGUGAGAUGGGCAUGGCGCAAGCCAUGACGCUCAAGAUCCUCUCCAUGUAUGACCGCGCCACGGACUCGGAUGCAAUUGUGCAAGAGCUGUAUCACCCGGACGCAUCGUUCUCGGACCCGUGGGUCGAAGUGCACGGCCGCGAAAACGUUGCUGCGCAUUUUCGUGCGAUCCCUUCUGUGAUCUCCAAGUCGCAAGCCGAGUUGAUCCGUGGCUCCAUGGCGGGAGUCAGCGUAUUGACGAUUGACAGCAAGGUAACGUUCCGCUUCAAGCCGUUCCCGUCGUACCUUGGAUGCACGUUCCGCAUGUUUACCGUGGUCGAGUUGGAAGAUCAACAGAUCAUCAAGCACACGGACCACUGGGACUUGAACACAGUGCUCGAGUCCAUCCCGAUCGUGUCGUUUGUGUAUCGCAUAUUCCGCACGGCCUUUGGCAAUGCGUCGUCGCACCUGAUCAACACGUUCAUCCCGCGAACACCUCGCACUCGUACGACCCAGUCGCAUGAAUUGACCAUCGUCUCAUGGUCCCGUCUAUAGAGUUGAUUCAAGACAGCAGCACCACGUCGCAGCGCGGGUUUGGCGAAGUCGCCGCUGCGACCAAGUAACCAGCGCACCGUUGGUUGAGCUACGACCUGGCGUCUAUAUUUUAAUCUAUUUGUGUCCAUCCUAUAUUUGCGA